UACCACGCAAACGUCUCGUGCGCGCGACUCCACUUGCGCCGCGCACACUCUACCGCUGCUGUGUUAACACAUCGUUCUGGCUAGAUUGCGGCAAUCAAUCACUGGGGGGAACUCCACGCCGCGCCACCGCAUCCCGUCUUGCGUUCUUCGCCUCAAGGCACACGAGUUCCGUUGAUCCACGGCGCGCUCGCCGUAAUCGGGACGGGACUCCAAAAUUAUGCAAAUUCAUUUGUUUUAAUACCUUCGACGCGCCGCCAUCGGCGAGAUCAGCGUGACGUAACGGGGUUCGUGCUUACCUGAACGAUGUACGGAAUCACUUCUGGAACUACCGAGUUCAAGUGAACAACUAAAAAUAGUUCAAGUUAUGGCGCGCGGGAAGCUUAUCAGCGUCGUUGUGGUACUUAUCGGGAAUAGUUGCACGGGUCAGUGUUCCGAGAAGCAUGGCCCUGGGAAAUCCCGGACUUAUCGCGUAUAAAUCGUACGCCGGGGCGAUUGGAAGGUGCUAAUCGAUGCGCGGAAGGUUAUCCGGGAAGGUUGCACCGAUCGGCUAUCGGUCAGUAGCAGUGUCUUAUCGGAACUAACCUACUCCGAUACCGGACACUUGAUCCGGAUGUACGAUAACUGAGACGGUCGAAGAACUGGUAUAAAUAGUUGGAUCAAUCCCUUUCGAAGGUAUAGUUUGGCAGCUCCUCCAAGUGUGACAACAACCAACGAUGAAGCUGUUCCUUCUGCUGGCAACCUGCGCCGUGGCCGCAACGGCCUACCCGGGAACUCCGCAGCGACCCCGCCCCUGGUGGAACUCGUUGGAAGCUACCGAAGGGCGCAUCGUGGGCGGAUUCGAAGUGGACAUCAAGGACGUCCCGUACCAGGUGUCGCUGCGCUCGUUCGGAAGUCACAUCUGCGGCGGUUCCAUCAUCAGCAAGCGCUGGAUCUUGACGGCGGCGCACUGUGCCUCCAGUGCGGACAGGCCAAAGGAAACCAUUCGGGUCGGAUCCUCGGAGAAGGGCUCCGGCGGACAGAUCCUGAAGCUGAAGCGGAUCGUGCAGCACCCGCAGUACGACGGAAGCAUCAUCGACUACGACUUCUCGCUGCUGGAACUCGCCGAGGAGCUGGAGCUGGACGACAGUCACACCACGAUCGCGCUGCCCGAGCAGGACGAGCCCGUUACGGAUGGGGCUAUCUGCCGAGUGUCCGGGUGGGGCAAUACGCAGAGUUCGGCACAGUCGAACAAGUUCCUGAGGGCCACCGACGUGCCGUCGGUGAACCAGGACAAGUGUUCGGAGGCGUACUCGGACUUUGGCGGUGUUACGCCGCGGAUGAUCUGCGCUGGGUACCAGGAGGGAGGCAAGGACGCCUGCCAGGGUGACUCCGGUGGUCCGCUGGUGUCCGGGGGAAAGCUUGUUGGAGUUGUGUCCUGGGGAUACGGCUGCGCCGUUGCCGGAUAUCCGGGCGUCUACUCGCGGGUUGCUUCGGUCCGCGACUGGAUCAAGGAGGUCAGCGAUGUGUAGAGAUCUGAUUACAAUAAAGUGCUCAAAAUAA